UUUUGAAUCAGUUUUAGCUUUUAAAUUAAUUGUGGAAUUAAAUUUGGCAAUAAGUCUAAAAACACUAGUUUGCCAGAACUACUAUAUUAUUUUUAAUUAAAAAGAAAAAUCAAUAAUUCAAAUAUACAAAAAGAAUUUGAAGAGUAAAUUUCUUGAACGAUAUGGUUGACCGAAGCGAAUAUAUAAUAGACCAAUCGAUUACAGAAGGAAUGGAAAACCUACUGGCACGACUAAUACGAAAGUAUCCAGUAAUUUAUGACAGAAGCAUGAAACUGAAAAACGGAGGGCAGUCGUUUCAAGAAAAGUACGAUAUCGCUUGGAACAAAAUAUCGGAUGAAUUGAAUUUAGAAUUGGAAAGUUGUAAAUCUUUAUGGUCAUGCAUGAAGCAAAAGUACAUAAAGCAUCGCAAGCGGAUUGAUAACAAUGAGCCAACCUCCGCGUGGCCUACGUUCAACAUUUUACAUGUCUGGCUGGACAAACAUGUUAAGAAGCGAAAAUCUCGUCAUGAUUAUAUAAAACAAAUGAAAAUGGUAUCAAAAACAUCUCUUGCAAGGUCCGAAAUAAGCGAAGAAGAUGACAGUAAUGAACACACUCCAGAAGAAAUGGAAGACAAACCCACUGCAACCAUUCAAGUUAAAUUAAAACGAAAGGCCGACUAUUUGAAUACAAUCGCACAAAAUAGUUCAUUUAAAUCCAAUAACAAAAGGCUCAAUAUUGAAUUGGUCAGUGAAAGUGAAUCGACAGUGUAUGAAAAAGAUGACCUGUUGAAUGAAACGCAAGAAAAAAUGAUUAUUGAUGAUGCUGAAAUUAUUGUUCUCGAAGAAAGUCGAGCCAAACAACCGUCACCACAAAUUGAAAUAAUCGAUGUUAAAGAGUCUAGAAAAUCAAAUGAUAUCGAUGAAAAUUACCAUAAAAUUAAAAGCAUUCUAUCGAAUUUCGCUCAAUCAAUAGAGCACUAUGAAAACAAUGCUUCCGAUUCAAAUGAUGCUUUUGGUAAAUACAUUGCAGCUAUGGUUCGAGAACUGCCCGUCCAGAAAAGAAUGAAAGUUCGUCUAAAUAUUUUGGAAUACGUACAUACAUACGUGGCCAAUGAAACGAACCAAUCAAAUAAUUAAAUUUGAAACGAGAAUUUUGGCUAUGGGUAGAAAUGUAUUCAUUUUUCGCGGCAUACUUGGCCUCUAAGUUUAUGCUUUUAAACGGCAUAGAGACUCAAAAUCUUCAUCAUCCUUUGGUAAUAUGUCAUUGUAAAUUUCAUAAAAUUCAUCGAGUAAACAAAUGAAGCCACAACUUUUAAUUUUCAGUGGAAUCGCACACGGUGGAACUAUCAUCUAAUUGAAGAAAAAAGAAAAGGUAUUCCGUUGUUACAAAUAAUCGCUAUAUAUACACGAAAUAUACGAAAUCCAGACUCAGAAGGCUUUUGGCCCCGAUUCAUGUAUGGUUGGAAAGGCCUUGGGCCAUAUAUCAAGAAAAAAUGUCAAAGUUUGAAAUCGGUGCACCUGUCUUCAAAAUAAGAUCCUUUCAAAAAAAGGGUCAAAAUUCAGUUCUACGGCCAUAGAUGGCACUCAAUGAGGUCGUCGACCCCUGAAAUAUCGAUAUUCGGAUUGUAGAGCUCAAUACCUUUCCAACGAACCCCAAACCAUCGAAAUCGAUCAAUUCGUUCGAAAAAUUCAGCAUUUUAUAAAGAACAAUGCCAAAAAGUGAGCCAGCUGUCAUUGCUUGCAAAACAUAAUAAGUAUUAGGAUGUAAUCCUAAUAACAUUAUUAUGAUUUUAUCAUGAUAAGUUAAUAAAAUCAUAAUAACGUUAUUAGGAUCCGAUCCUAAUAUUGAUAUAGAACAUAAUAAUUAUCAUCCUAACAAAAAUUUAUUACGAUAUCGCAAAACGCAAAACUAUAUGGAAGCUCGCAUUAUCAUGAUGAAGAAUUAUUCUGCGACGGCGAUCGUUUUUUCUCAAUUCACCAAACACUUUGGGCAAACAAAUGG